UACACUUACUUCUGUAUAAUUAAAUGUAAUAGUUGCUAUUAAUAUUAAAUGGGUUGAAGUUGACGAUAAGUGCAGUUCCUUAUUGUCCUCAGAGAGGCAAAGAACUCUGUGAUAUCUUUGGUGAUAGCACGUAAUUUAUUAUUAAGUAAAAUGAGAUCUCGUCUGAUCACUUUUAUACUCUUUACCACCAUAGUAGUCCAACACCAAUGUUUUAUAUCAAAGAAAUAUAGUUUUCCAAUUGAAGAAGCAAAGAAACCAUUGAUGCAAAUUUCGCAACACUCAAUACUUACACCCAUCGACGUGUGGCAUAAAACACACAACGAAAAAGUAACAAAUAAGGAAUCGAAUGAAGAAACUAAGUUUAAUGAUGUUGAAAAAAUAAAAACUGCGACAAUAGCUACCAUAGUUGACGAUCCUGAAACAUCGAUGGAUGAUGGAAUUGUUGAAGACUACGAUGAUGAUACAGACUUAGAUAACGAACCAGUCCAAAUGAAUGAAGAUACUGCAAUGAAAAACUAUAACAGAGACAGACAACAAUUUAAAGCACAAUAUAACAUUUUCACUAUAAAUAAAGCGACUAAAACGAAUCGAGUACUGAAUAAUGAUAUUCAAACAGAAGCCAAUGACAAUACGUCGAAAGCUAGAUUAAAAAGAAGCACUAAUGUUAUCGAAGAGGAGAACCUCGGGACGACUAUUUCUGGCUUUAAGUUCACUGGCCGGCCCACACAUCUUCACCACAAUUUAGCUUUUAAAAAUAUCAACUCUUAAAGCGAUGGAAAAAUAAACAUUCGGGUUCUCUACCUACUCCUAAUUAGGCAAUGAUUAAUUACUUCGACAAUUUUAGCAAAAGUUUGUACGAUUAAGUGAAUUUACGAUAUGUAUAAGAUAUUUCAUGAACAUUUACAAACCUAGUAAUUAUCUACUAUAGUAAUAUAUUAUCGGGUCUGUUUGUUUUAUAAACAUAAUCAUUUUCAUAGUCAAGUCACAUAAUAAUAAAUAUUUCAGUAUCGAAUAUUAUCAUCAAAACAAAGUUUUUAAUAUUUUUGACACCAAUGCUAGAUGUAAGUACAUACAAACAAACCUUUCUGGUUUUUGUUACACCUUUUUGUAUAAGUACAAGUCAUCACAUGAGCAAUAUAAUGUACCCACUUUAGGACUGUGUCGCACUAACACAUUUGACAUUUUGUGAGACUUACAGUUCAAUUUGUCAGAAAAGUUAAUGUGACAUGGUACCAAAGUGUAUACAUAUUAAUGCUCGUGACCGUACACUAUGAGUAUGUGUUUUUUUGCAUAAAUAGGAAAUAAAAAUUCACAUUCUAUCGCUCUUCGCACUGUGAGUUGCCAAGGAAAUAUGUAAUAGAAACCAUUCAUUAUACAGAAAUUAUUUUAUUGUGUUCUCUACAAAACUUACAUUUACAGGCACCUAAAAUGUACAUCCUUAUCCUAGGUACAACGUAAUGGCAAAAACAAUCCUCCUCAUAUUUUGUUACACAAUAACUACAGGCCCAUCCGCGAAAGGAGU